AUUAUUACUUAGUUUCUUAUCAAUCGACCAAGACGGUUGAGAUAGUGAGGUCAAAAUGUCGGUCUCCUAAAUAAUAUGUUUACUUAUAAUUUUUCGUAAAACACGCGUAAUUCGGGUGCAAAUAGUCGUGUGUUAGAACUGCCUCCAAAAUGUGGUUAAAAGUGAUAUUGCUUUCCGUUUUCGGAUUCACCAGCUCGCUGACCACCUCAUUCGACCUGGGCGGGGUGCUAUCAGGAAACCGUAUGGCAGGAGUUCCCCUGGGCCGUUCCCUGGGCAACGGGGAGCUGGACGUGGAGGGCAUAUGCACAGCGCCCGGCGUCGCCUGCGCGAAUUGUACCCUGGCUGUCACUUGUGUACCCCUGCCUGUGGGGUACUUGAAGGUGCCUCUACAAUCCUGCAAUAAUGGUCAAACCUGCGACGCUCGCCUCGGCCAGUGCUCGGACACGCCAGUGCCAGAGUGCCAGAAGGACAGUCAGGAGUACGAACAUACCUGUGAACAAGUGGGCAUAUUCCCGGACGCGCACGACUGCAGGAAGUUCCAUCUAUGCUCUCCGCCUGAGGGUUCGCCCUUCGGUAGACCGGCAGACCACAGGACUGCGUUGUGUCCACGACACUUCGGGUACGAUCCCCGAACGGCACAGUGCUCGGUGAAACUAGAAAAGGGGCAAUGUAGCGAGAAACCUGUGCCAGACUGUCUCUUCGUGGGCCAGAACGGACCCCUGCCAUCCAGCCCAAACCACUACUAUGUCUGCCUACUGAAAAAGGACCAACUUUACCCCCAGGUGUUCCUCUGUCCCCACGGCUGGUACUAUUGGAGCGAGUUCUGUCACCCUGAACCAAAAGUUGAUGAAAGCACAACUCCUGGUGGCCUCACCGAUUUACGAAUUGCUGCAACAGAAGAAAUUCCUACAACUACAGAAGUAAAGAAAGAAGUCAAAGAAGCUAAAGAAGUCAAAGAUGAAGCUAUUCCCAGUUGGAUAGACACUUUCUUCUCUACAGAAAAGGCUACGACUUACAAAGCUGACGCGUUCCUAGCUGAUAAGUAUGACUUAAUGAACUAUGAAAGUACGGACGAACUGAUGCCACCUUCCUACGAUUUUGGGAACGUGUAUGAAAGAAGUGAAGAAGAAUUUUGGUAAGAUUUUAUAUCUGAAAAACAACUCACAUUGGUUCUUGAUAAAGUAAGAUAGCAAUUUGACAUAAAAUAUAACGUAAAUAUCUAACAAAUAAAGGUCGCUGAUUACCGACAAAUUCAUCUGCCAGACAUUUAUCUAUCCUGUAAGACCAAAAGUUUGGUUUAUCUGGUAGAUAAGUUCAUAAUAAGCUACCAACCCAGUACUUUUUAAGGAAUCGGUGAAACUAGCUAUAAGCUUGACAGAAAAUUUUAACCGACUUCAAAAAAGGAGGAAGUUCUCAAUUCGAGUGUAUGUUUUUUUUUUGUAAGUUACCGCAGAACUCCGUCAAUUACGAACCGAUUUCCAAUUUUUUUUUGUUCGAUAGGGUAUACUCCCGAGGUGAUCCCAUUGUCACCAAGUCAGGGUCUGAUGAAGGGAUCCUAAGGAAAUCGAGGGCAAUCCUCAAAUUUUAUCGGCACGUACCUUUAUCGUGUUUGGAGUAAAAAGAUUCUGAGGGUUUUAUGGAAUUAUAAAUGAAUGCAUAAAAGAUAUAGAUAGAAAUAGUACCUGCUAGAACAUACAUUGUAAUUUUUAUUAAUUUUAAUACAAAUAAAGUGCCAUUAC